AUGGCGUCUGGGGCGCUGAACCCAGUUUAUUUUCCAAACGUUAAAAAGUGUCUUGCUGGCGAGCUCCUCCUUCUUUCCUGGGACGAUCUCUUUGACGCGCUUUUUUCCCUUGACCAACCAAGGCGGGAAUUUGCGACCAAGCUACUCUCUGGUCAACACACUCAAGAGAUCUUGGAUUCCACGUUCCCUUCAUUUCCUCCCCCCUCAGCCUCCUCAAAAAGUGCCUUCGACUCGCAAAUUUCGGCGAUACCAACUUCCUCAGAUGGACAAUUCAACCGUGACGAGCUGAAGGAGGAUGCUUUGUGGCUCAGCAAGCAGGUCAACCUCGAAGAACAGGAGGCUCUGCGAUUGACUAUCCUGGAGUGGCAGUAUCGUUCUGAAUCCAGGCUGCGAGAAGGGUUCUCCCCGGCCGAAGUGGCGAGUUUGAAAGAUGCUCUUGGGUCAGAUUUUGUGGACAGGAAUUUUCAAGGGCGAGGGAGCUCGCUGGCAAGAGACGAAGCCAUCUUCAAUUCUCGAAAUGCGCGCCGUGCCCGUCUGAUUCGCAAGCAUUUGGAGCAAGAAAUCCUGCUUUUGCGCCUAGCAAGGGAUCUCUUGGACGUUAGCCUAUUGUCGGGUACCGGCGAGGGAUCAUUGCCACAACCCCGGGGGUUAUCCGGCAACCUCGGACGACGUGGGAGAUCUGCCCUUGCCAAGGACAUUGAGAAUGGGGUCAGAUUUAUUCGAGCACAGCUACGGAAUCUCGAAUCCGCCCGUUCAUGGGAGUUGGACGAGCCCGACCUGAGUCUUCUCAAAGAUGUGGGAGAUACCGCAAGCCUCCAAACGAUCAGCGUGGUCCUGGAAAUCCUGCUGCUGAGGCUGCGGAGCUCAGAAGAGAAACUGUCCUCCGAAACCAUACUCCUCUGGCUCAGGCUUAUGUCCUCGGUAGGGUUUUUCGCCUCCUUCGAUUCUCAAACCGAUGUUCAACGUGCAGCAAUUCAGAAAAUACAGUCAACAGCAUCCCUGGUAUCGUUGUCUCUCCUCAAUCUCGGCUCCACCGUUGCUAUUUUGAACGAAACGGCAUCAUCUGGCCAAGCUGUUCGGCAUAGUUCGCAGGGAGAGUACUUUUUUGAUCUCGACUGUGCCUUCCAAAUACAUGAGCUGCUUGUCAAUGAAGCCGCGACGGGGAACAUACAAGCCGGUCCUGCAAUCCUGGCAUGGGCGAUUGUGGUUCACCAAAUCAAACAACUGGGUAUUGCCAUAAAGGAAAACAGAGAGAGUCACCAUGUCCAAAGGACAAUUGACGGAGUCGCAACUUUUGACGCUGCAACUGGGCGCCGAAGUUCUUCUGGUAGCGCCUCCUCUUUUCAACCGACGAUUUUUGAAGAACUUUUGGAUAGAUUUACUACGCUCAGCACAAACGAGGAUCCAUCGAUAUUUUUACUCAACGCUGCCAUUGACCAAUGUCACAUUGUUGAGUACAUUACACUGCUCACUGCAUCUGCCGGCAAUCCCUCGAGAACAUUGGCUAUUUACAAAUUCCAAACAAUACAAGAACUCAUUGCUGUGUCGCAGUCGUUCCUGGGAUACACCCCUGAGUUGGUAUCAUCGCAGCUCGCCGUACUGUCAGCGAGUCGCGAGAAUUCUUAUGACAAGAAAGUCUAUGAUCCCGCCACAGAAUUCAUCGAGGACAAUCUUCUCAUGGAAGGGUUUUUCGAGACCGCGGCCGCUAGAUUUCCAUACGAGUGUUUGCCUUUUCUGCGUUUCUGUCGAACAUUGGCAAAGGCUCCUAUCUUUAGUGAGGACGGGACGCCCUACGUCGAAUUUCGGCUUCGGAGACUCGUAACCUUUACUCAAGCUGCAAUCAAAGGCAUUGAGUAUAAGACCACCCGUGAGGACGAAAUCGGAAGCUUUGUGGCUCUCAAUAAACCAGUCAAUGUACUGGAUCUUUCACAGAACAAGCUACUGACUUACGCAUACCAGGACUCAGAGACUACCUCGAUCAUUCCAGCUGGUGCGAUUGGUGAACUCAUCUCUGACCCGGAUGCAUCUCCGAAAGUAAUUAGAUGGCAACAUGAGUUCUCAGGUCUGGCAUACAUGGGGCAGUUACUGGAGCUGCGUUAUACGGGACUGCUAGCCUCUGCCUUGACGCCCUUUGAAGACCCUGAAGCUGUGGUUUCAGAGAUUAUUGAUGUUCUGACGACACUCUUAUCGACUGUUCUGAGCAGCACUUCAUUUGGUCAGUCUGCUGACCAAGUUGAGCAACGUUGCGCCUCCAUCCUGGACGAAGCGAGCAGCAAUCUCACUUCGGAGACGGAUAUAGUCUUGUACAUCUUUGACAUACUCGAACAAGAGUUACAGGCUUUCCGCCGUCGGUCUGCGUCGGUAUUCGACUGUCGAAUCAUGACAUCUUGUACACAUUUCAUUCAUGUCCUUACGAAAAUCAAGCCACACCUAAUAUGGUCCAACCUCAAUCGAACGAGUCUUCUUGGUCAUCAUGCAGCUCCUUCACCAAUUCUCGGCAUUGUCACCGUAGUGGAAGCACCGCUCGGACACUUCGAUUUCUUGGACAAGUGCACGGAUUUGUACGGAUCACUGAUCAACUUGGCGCUUAGGGACUCCCCUCAUGGUCUUUCAUCUGUCGACGGCGCUUCCGCACGGAACUCGACGAUUUCCACAGCAUGGCGGGUCCAAAGUAACAUGCUAUUGGCUGCGACGGAGAUCAUGUUCCAAGUCUUUCAAGAGAUCUCAGAUUGGUCGUUUCAAGAACCGGCUCAGCAGGUCCGUAUCAGCACGUCGAUUGCUGACUCGUUUCACCAUAUCCUUCGCUACGCUUUUGAAUAUGGUCUGUCGAUAUGUUCUUUCAACCAACGCACAAUGCCUUUUGUUGGAUCAGCAAAAUAUCUUGUGGCUUCGUUUCGAUUGUCAGGUCCAGAAGAUGCUGCGAUGAACCCGAUCACGCGUCUCGCUUUCAUAGCGAGCACAAUUAACAGAUGUGUGCUAGCUGGUGAAGGUGUCCUUGAUCGAUAUGUAAGCGCUGUGUUAUCGCUGGCAUCGCUGCUUGUUCGAUAUGGCCAAUCACAGGACCUUCCACUGUCCAUGCUCGAGAGGCGUAUGUUUGAUGCAGUGCCUUGCCUUGUUCGGACUCUCCAAAACCCGUCUUCCGUCCGCAAUCCUUGUCUCACGUUAUUGCGUUCCGUCUUGGGAUAUGUGGAGCGACAUCAAGCAUCAUCUUUGUUGGGCCACCUGGGCUCUUCUUCGUGCAUCGACUUUGUCAACCUUGUUCGACAUCUUGACCAGAAGUCUGAAUCUCCCGAGGAACGUGCUGAACUUUGGAAGCUCCUUACCCUGUUGGUCAAGGACUCCCAGCAAUGGCUAGCUAUGGUUAUCCUGACUGGCGCUGCUCCGGACAACUCAAAGCGUCCUAAGUCGGGAGAGGCCCCUACCAAGCAUGUCCCCGGUCCAACGUUCCUUCAGUUUGCAAUGAGAGAGAUGAAAGAUACAUCAAGGCUUCCUCGAAUCGUUUUGAAGGCAAUGCUAGAUUUUGCUCAGGAGGCGCAGCAAAAUUGGUCUUGGGUAACCAAGGAUCUCUCCUCCUCGGACGAAUUCUUUUCUACUAUUGUCUUGUCAGUCACCGGCUUCGAUCCCAAGCAUUACGAUGAAAUCGACGUUGCCCAGCAAAACCUGAUCGCCGCUCGUGUCACCGAUAUUGCAACAACUCAUCUUCAUCAUGUGAAAGUCGCGAGAGACUUCAACGCCGUCAAAACCUUCUUACCAUUGGUCAACUGGCUUACUUCACAUGCAGUCGAUGUCUCUAGCUAUAAUUCAUCACUGCACGCCAAUCUGCGACGAAAUUUUGCAGCCAAGUAUAAUGGGUUGACAGUUUCCGACGUUAAACGCACCGGAUUGACUGAACGAGACUAUGGUCCGAGUUUCUUUUACGAUCUCCAAUUCGCUGGUGAGCUGUUGGCCAAAGACUCGUACUGGCAUGGUGGACAAGGGACACCCACCAGCCAGUCAUUUUCAGCAGAAUUUAGGCGAGCGAAUAUGAAUCUUUCAGCCGUGGAUUCGGAACUGGCCAUGCUUUCGAGCCUGAAACGCUUGUGUGUUGACCAUUGCAAAUUCUUCGUUCAGGAUCGCGAGAUUCAAAAAGCAAUGGCACAAAUUGCCCGGAAGUCUUUACAAGCAAAUUGUCGGAUCUAUCCGUCUGAAGUUCUCUUCGAGUCACUAUUCCAAACGCGGGCGGAUCUCGUAAUAGUCCUUCUGCGUGAACUUGUUGCGUUCGGCGUCAGGGGUUCUGAGUUCGCAGGGUUGUUGGGGCCUGCUUGGGAUGCUGUCAGAUUCCGAAAUGGAUCCUAUGAACAAGCCAUCAUCAACAACGACCUCACAUACUGGCGAUCGAUCCUCUCCAUUCUACUCCUCACUAUCGAGUUUCAUGUCAAGAAAAAGCGAAAGCCGACCAUGAUUCCCGGCAGCUCCACUGCUGUUAUUACCCUGGAUCACGAAAAUGUAACAUUCCUUGAAAUCACGAGUACGAUCAUGGCGGACGGGUUCAAAUCUGCGGUUCUUGCUAUUCAGGACCAAAGGGAAAGGAGAUUGAAGAGCGACGACGACAACGACAAGGACGAUUCUAUAGGACCACGUGACAUUUUACUCCUAUUGACACUGAUGCAAACUAUCCUCAGACUGCCCAGUCUCCCCCAAUUCUCGGUGGAAUUGUCUGAACGACUGUCUUCUUCCGGGAUUAUCUCGGUCGGCCUUUUGCUCUAUUCGUGGUCUCAUCUGCUCACCCGGUCAGAGGGCGACAUUCAGCCUCGCUACGCUGAAUACAGUGUUCAGCUAUUGGCCUCUAUAUCAUCCCUGCCGUCUGUCGCGGAAGAGCUUGCGAUCGAAGGCGUCCUCAACCGCAUCCUUUCAUCCAAGACGUCUGAGUCGCUUCAGAGUGUUCCAGGUGGAGCGUCCCAUGCUGACAACCGACCCAACUGCGAAUACCUCUAUCGUUUGUGGGCGAAGGGGUUCCUCCCACUUUGCCUUAAUCUCCUCUACGCCGUUGGUGGUGCUAUUGCACCCGAAAUAUCUGCUUUUCUUAAUCGAUUCCCCAACCAACUUAUUCGUGCAAGCACGAGUGUGAUGCUUACGCCGCAAACAGCCAAUGAUGAAACCUACGUAUUGACCCUGACCGCGACGAAUGAGGCUGCGACUCUAGCUCUUAUCUCGCGCCUGCUUUCCUCGUUCCGGGAUGCUGGCGCUUCUGCUGCAGUGGAUCCCACAACUGUAUUGCCAUUGAAGGGCUACGACGAGCACAGGAAAGCGAUAUCUGAAGACUUGCGUGAUUUGGUUGCAAUGAAGGAAGAGGCAAGGCGAAAGCUGACCGUCCCAACCAACGAAAGAGAAGUCAGCUGGCAAAAUGCGAAGGAGGGGAACAUACUGGAUGCUAAGAUUGUGCAAGAGUUAAAGAUAGCUCUGGCAGCAUUGGGCACGGAUGACGACCAGGACGAGAAGUGA